AUGAAUACAAGGAGGACACCGGAUAGGAGAGUUGAGAAGAAUGAUGUGCAUGAGGAGAUUCCUCCUCAAGUUGAGCAAGUUCCUCAAGGUGAUCAGGUGCCUCCCCAAGGUGAUCAAGUCCCUAUUGUGGAAGGAGGUAAUGAUGUUCCGAUUGUUCCCCCGGAGUUGAGUAUUAGAGAUAUUAGAGAGGCUUUGUUUUCUGUAGCCCAAGCUGUGACUACUCAAACUAAUCUGAGUAUGGUGCCUAUGAUGAAUGUUAUUGAGACAACUAUGACGUCUAGGUUGAGAGACUUUAGGUAUUACAUGAAUACUCAAAGAUCAGCCGGUCGGAGAGUUGAUGAAGAGUUUGCCAACUCGGGAAUUCCUCCACGUGGAAAUCAAUUACCUCCUCUUGAUGAAAUUUCCAAUGAUGACCAAGAUCAGGUCAAUCCUCCACUUUUUACGGAUGCUGAAAUAAGGGCAAAUGUUCUCCAACUGGCCCAAGACAUUACUACACAAGCACAAGCCGUCACCACUAAAGCACAAGCCAUAACAGCUCAAGCUAAUCGGGAGGUGGGUGAUGAAAGUCGCCUAAGGAAGAGGAAUAGAGAAGUUAAGGAGGCAAAGUCUUUUGAAAGUGGUUCUCCUAAAAGUAGGCUUGAUGUUCAAGACAACCCUAAGUUUAAGAAGAGGGUUAUUAAUCCUAAACCUCAAGAGGGGAGAAAUGUUGAUCCACCUAGAGAAAGACUAACUCGUGGUAAGUGUGGUAAGAAGCAUGGGGGUGAAUGUCUUGUUAGAACUAAUAGUUGCUAUGGUUGUGGCAAAGUUGGCCAUAUUGUGAAAGAUUGUCCUAAUGCAAGAAUUCAAGGUAAGGAUAAAGCUUUACCAAGCGGUCCUAAUUCUGAAGCUCCAAAAAGGAACCGUUUCUACGCACCCAAGGCUAGGGGUGAACAAGAAAGCUCUCCCAACAUUGUGACGGGUAGGUUACAUGUUUUCGCUAUUAAUGUUUACGCUUUGCUGGACACAGGUGCUACUCUUUCUCUCAUUACACCUUUGGUAUCUAAGAAGUUUGAUGUACUUCUCGAUGUUUUGAUUAAGCCCUUUUCCGUUUGA